CAUUAAAUAUUAAAUUGUAUAGCUAUGUAAUUAGCAAUAUGUAAAAAUUAUUCAACAUAAUUCAACUUAUUGAAUGUUCGCUGACAUUAAAAUAUAGUUGUCAGGCUUAUUCUCAGUUUACAAUGGAUAAAAUUUGAUUUAAUGAUUAUGUUCAUAAAAAAAUUAUAUUUUGUUAUUUAUUCUGUUUCAUGUUUUAAUUGUGUUGACAAUGAUAUAAAAUUAAUGUCUAAUUUUAUUUAAAGUCUAAUUGCUCGUUUAAAAAUCGUACAUCUGGUUACCAUUGUUAUCGAGAUCUUAUCUCAACUCAUAGCAACCAAACUUCAUCAAUUUCCUGUAUUUUUUGUUUUUGGUUUUGGAUUAUGAAUUUUGAUACUACAUUCGUAUUAAAUAUGUUAACUGCAGUUUUAUUGAUUGUGGUUGCGGUAGUUUUAUACGUAAAUUAUGGCUUCAAACGUAAGGUUAAUAUUAAAGGUAAACACGUAUUAAUCUCUGGUGGAUCUAAAGGAAUCGGUCUGGAGGUAGCUGCUCAGUGCUUUCAACAAGGAGCCAAAGUUACGAUUUUAGCUCGAGACGAGAACGGAUUGAAAGAAGCUAAAAAGUAUAUCUGUUCAAAAUCAGAGACAAAACGAGAUUCCGAGGUUAUUUAUUUUCCUGUAAAUGUUAGCAAAGACUACGAACUUUUGGAAACUAUAAUUCAAAAAGCUGAGGAUGAAUUAGGACCAAUUUACGGACUUUUCAAUAUUGUUGGCAAAGCUGUUUGUUAUCGAUUCCUAGAAACACCUUUGAAUGAUUUUGACGACAUGAUUAAGGUGAAUUACCAGUCAACUGUUAAUUGUACUCGAGCAGUUCUUAAAAAAAUGGUCACUCGAAAUGAAGGUUUCAUAGAGAUAACUUCAUCAAUGGCUGGUCUUUUUGGUAUUUAUGGCUUCUCAGCAUACUCAGCAUCAAAAUUUGCUUUGCUUGGAUUUGCUCAAACCCUUGCUAUGGAGAUGAAACCUCACAAUAUCUCAAUUACAAUAACAUAUCCUCCUGAUACAGAUACUCCUGGAUUUGCGCUUGAGAAUACAACCAAGCCUGAAGAGACAAAGUUGAUUUGUGAGUCUGGAGGAUUGUUACCGCCAUCUAAA